ACAGUUAUAUUAUCUUCUGAUAAAACUUAAUAGAAUAUGAUGUGGGCUGUCUUUAGAAGGUGUAUGAUAAUAAUAGUGUAGAGAUACGAGGAAAAACUGAUUACCUGUACCGUAAACACAAUAUAUCUUUAUUUAGUUAAAACAUUUCAGACUUUUUGGUUAACAAGGACAAAUUUAAACUCCAACGUAAUAAUAGUUUAUAAACGGAUAAUUUUGUUCUAGAUUAUAUGCGGACAUUUUCAUAUCAAAUUUUAUUGAAAAAAUGAAAUUCCUUCUCUCUAUACUCAUUAUCAUUAAUAACUUGAUUGUGUUGCUUGCAAACAAUGAUAACUGUAGAGAAAACGAUCUGAAUGCUUUAAUGGUACGUCUGCGUGUACUUCGAACAGAUUUUGCCGACUUGAAAACCAAGCACGAUGAACUGAUCAAUCGUAUCGAUUUAAUAAAUAACACUCAAGCAGGUCUCAAGGAAGCGAAUGAUAACCAAGAAACAGAACUUAAAAAGCUUAAACAAGAAAUCAACAGUACAUCUUCAGAAAUCAACACAGAAAACAGAAAACAAGAUACAGAACUAACCAAACUUAGGCAAGAAAUAGAUGCAAUAAAAGAAGAUUUUGCCGACUUGAAAACCAAGCACGAUGAACUGAUAAAUCGUAUCAAUUCAAUAAAUGCCACUCAAGCAGUUCUCAAGAAAGCAAAUGAUAACCAAGAAACAGAACUUCAAAAGCUUAGACAAGAAAUCAACACAAAAAACAGAAAACAAGAUACAGAACUUACCAAACUUAGGCAAGAAAUAGAUGCAUUUAAAGUUCGAUUGGUUGACGGGUCAAGUCAAUAUGAAGGUAGACUGGAAGUAUGGCAGAAUAGCACUUGGGGGACAGUAUGCGAUGAUGGUUUUGGAACGCAAUCAGCAAAGGUGGCUUGUAAGAUGCUGAAUUAUCCACAUGCUGAUCCUAAAGUAUUCACAGAUGCUUACUUUGGUCGUGGAACAUUACCAACACUAUUAGACGAGGUACAAUGUACGGGAUCUGAAACAAGCUUGUUUCAAUGUCCGCAUAUAGGUCGGAAUGACGAUAAUUGUGGUAACCAUGAAGAUGUUGGUAUAUUAUGUAAAUAA